AUGGCCUUCAUGAAAAGCCUACUCUCUGAGAAGAAGGCCUUUAAGGGAGAUGAAACUAUAGUCUUGACCAAGGAGUAUAGUCCACUGAUUCAGAAGAAGUUGACCAAGAAGAUGCCAGACCCUGAAAACUUCUUGAUUCCCUGUACCAUUGGCAAUAUCACUUUUGAGAAAGUACUGUGUGAUCUUGGUUCAAGCAUAAAUCUGAUGCCUCUGUCCGUAAUGAAGAAGCUGGGAAUCCAAGAAGCACAGGCAACAAGGAUAACCUUGCAAAUGGCUGACAAGUUUCUGAAGCAGGCAUAUGGGCUAGUGGAGAAUGUACUGGUCAAGGUUGAAGAGCUAUUCCUCCCUCAGAUUUUGUGA